AUGUCCCCGCCUGUGGUCCCGGCGACGUCGCAGCUGGAGCCGCAGGCGGGGGUGUUGGCCAACGUCUCCUGCACCGAGUACGUGUACGGUGGAGGGUCGCAUGCGCCGGCCGUGCACCUCCGCGAGCGCUGGAGCGAGGUGGUGUCGCUGCCCAGGUUCCGCGAGUGGAACGCGGCUGCCGCGGGGGACGGCGACCGCUACGGGCGGUGGCUGAUGGGCAACCUGCUGGAGAGGGGCGCCUACCUGCUGGAGGAGACCGAGCCCGCGGCGCAGGAGCGCGACGCCGCACUGUUCCGCUCCAUGGGCGUGCUCCGCGAUCGGUACCUCGCCCUCAAGGCGGAGAUCGAUGCGGGAAGCACGCUCGAGGAGGCCAUCUGCGAGGGCAUGAAUUUGAACCCUCUCCACGGCCACGACGUCGCAGCCGCGGAAGUGCAGGAGUGGGUGCGCCGCUGCGAGGAGCACCUGGAGCGCGUGCUGAAUUCGCCGACCUCUACGGCGGACAGCGAGCCGCGCGCGAUCCCCUCGCCGACCUCCACGGCAGACAGCGAGCAGCGCGCGAGUCCAUCGCUCGCCUCCACGGCGGACAGCGAGGAGUGCGACGCAGAGUGGAGCACCCAGCAGGGCGAGCCUUAUUUGCGCGCGUUGCUCGCCUCGGCCUCCGCUGGUCGCCAGGCGCUCUUCAUCUCCUACCGGACCAGGGGCAUCGGAAGCAAGCUGACCUACCUCAACCAUUGGCACUGCGAUUUUGAUGCGCAUGACACGAAGCGGGAUGAGCACAACCUCGGCGAACAAAAAUUGGAGGAUUUCCUUAUGUUGUGGCUCUGGUUCGUGGCGCAGAGCCUGAGGAGGAAGAGCGAGGCCCAGGCUCGCGGCGAGGCAGGCCUGGAGGUGCAGCUACCGCCAGACUACCCGCCGCUGGACGCGUGCUCGGCGGAGGGCGGCGCGUUCCACGGCCAGCUGCCGCACCCAGGCAAAGCGCUGACCGAGGAGUUCGCAGCGCUGCGGGCGGAGCUCACCAGGCUGCUGCGCGCGCACCGCUACGACGUGUGCAACCUCUGGUUCACGCUGGACGUCCCCAGGCGCCCGCGUACUGCCCUUGUAGUGCAGUCCUCACCGGUCUUCCUGGACCGGGCCAGAGAUCUACGGCUGAUGGACGAGUUCAUCACGGAGCCCCUGGAUGAGGCAUCUUCCGUGCCCACCGUGCUGUCGCGCGAUUUGCUGAGCUCGAUCCCGGGGCCUGAUCUGCAUGUUUGCCUGCUCUUCCGCUCCAGCUGGUACUCGCACCGCUCCUGUGCGCUGCGGUACGCGGAGGAGGAUAAGAAGCGCGAUUCAGCUGCCGAGAGCCGGGGGAGCGCCGUCUCCGAGGACUCCGCCACCACCUUCCGCCGCAACAACAUGGAGGCGCGGUUUCUGGUCCUCGACGCAGGCGGUCUCCGCGCGCUGGCGGAGUGGGUGGUGAAAGUCCAGCGGGCCUGCGAACGCAUGGCGGCCGCCGCGGGAGCUUGA